AUGCCAGAAGCGCUUUAUAUUAAACGAGGUGAGGCUAUUCGUGCCGCACUCAAAAAAUUAGAAAAUUGCCCUGCUGGUUCAAAGCCUCCAAGCAUAAAUACAGAACGAGGGUUACUUUGCUAG